AUGCCUACACAGGGUGCUCAGGCUGCAAAGCCUGACAACUGGGAACUUGAAAGCAAGAGACGAGAAUUAUUGAAAGCUUUCUACCACUCUAGAUCUCAACUCGGCGGCGAGGUUGAGACUGAUGAUGGCGAUUCUGAUUGGGAGGAUGAGACGGACUCGGAUGAGUCGGAUCCUUAUGGCGAGAAAGCCGACGCUGCUUGGGACAAGCUGGACGCGGCCAUCCAGCGAAAUCCUGCUCGUUAUGUCAAGCGCUUACGCCAGCUCUGGGAGCAACGCGUUCGCCACGAGAAGAAUAAGGAGCUGGAAGAUCUUACAAGCCAUAUCAGCGGCUUCUCUCAGUCAUUAGAAGACUACUUGCACCCAGACGAUAUUGAUGAACCCAGCGAAGAGGGGAGACGUAUGGCAACAUUCAGAGAUCUAUACCGCGCUGGCUUGACCGCAGUUUGUGAACUUUUUGUUCAAGAGGAUGACUUUUUCCAAGAACGAGAAGACUGGAUCUCAGAAGUCCUGCGCAUCAUCGGACAGAUUGUGCAAUGGGGCACCAUCGAGACUGAGGACCUGGGAAACUGGCCUGCCAUAUACGGCAUUCUCAGGCUCACACGCAUCACUUGUGCCAAUGUGUGGGCUAACAGAGAGCGUCUGCUGGACGACGAGAAAAGCAUCGUGUAUGGGAACCAGAACGGUCUUCGCAUAUCUGUGGCACAGAUUCUUUUCGAGCUUGAUCUUCUCCAGGAUAACAACGAUCCAGCCAUCCGUAAAGAUAUCCGUUCGACCAAGAUUGAUGUCCGGCGCCUAGAGUUCUUCGUCUGGAUUUCCGGGUCCCCUCCUAACGACUUGAAUCGCGCAUUUUUCGGGCGUGAAACAUUCAUACCGGUUGCCAUGUCCGACACACUCUUCGGCAAAGUAUUGGAGACGUUCGCAGAGGAUCCGGCGGACCCCAAAAACCGCACACGCGAAGCAAGAAUGCACGCUUUUCUCCGCGACGACGUCCUCAGUGUAUACGGGGCUGAAAAGUUCAUGCAUCGCUUGAACGCUUCGCUUCGCGAAUCACGACUGGACAUGCCCUUGGAAGGACUAUUGAGCAUGAUCUGGGAGGUCGCCAUAUAUCCUGUUGUCACGCCACACCUUCAGACCUAUGGCACGUAUAUCGCUAUCAGGGAGGUUUGUGAUCGCCAGGCGCUUCAUGGCGAUACUGAAGUGGAUCAGUGUUUGGUCCUUGCUCAAGCCUUAUGGAUAUAUCGGCGAACAUUCACCCAUCAGCCUGCUGCUGAGAUCGCAUACAUUGUCCGCAAUUGCAACGUCAUUGAGCUCAUAGCCCGCUAUGUCCGCCUCUACGCCACGCUAGGACACCAGGCGGCCACUGGAGGAACUGAUCCGACAAAACCUCUUCACAUCGUUCAGAUGUACGCAAGUUUUGCAGAGAUCACCAACCUACGAAGCGGGAAGAACACUCUCCGUAAGACAAUGCGCAACACACUGCGCCAGGACUGGUAUCCCACACUUCACGUCCUUCGCACACAGCGUGACGAUAAGCUCUGGCGAGGCAAGCACCGUAAACAGCUUACGGAUCUCUUGAUUGCCUGGACAGCCCUUGGUACCAGUAUCGGGCUGGACGAGGAGACGGAGAGGCGGGACUACGAGCGCGAAGUCAAGAGGAUGUCGAUGGUGUGCGCGUGGAAGGAGUGCAAGUAUCACACCGAGAAACCUCCCACGUCUCUUCACAGUUGCAAGGGGUGUGGCGAAGUCAAAUACUGCUCACGCGACUGUCAAAGGAAGGACUGGAUAGACGGCGAGCAUAAGGCCCGCUGCCGGAGAAUCAAGGACGCUUCAAGCGGUAGGACUGGCGUACUUCAAUUACACUGA